AUGAACGAGGAAGGUGGUUAUCUCGGUGCAAUGACUUAUCAAUGCUUAUACAGUGGAAUCCUUGACAAACUUCGGUCUUCAAAAAAAGAUGAUGAUCGUGCACUUGCGCGCCUUCGAAGUGCAAUGAGGACGUCAGAAAGUGUGUCACCGUCUUUCUUAUUCGACUUUACCAAGAUUCUGUUGGCCGAAUCGGAGCUUAAUAUCAAUCUUCAGGAAGCGUAUCUUCGAAUGCAUGACACAUCUCCUACAGACGAUUUAGUGGUACAGGGUCACGAACACGUUCCUGAGUACAAGGAGUUGACAAAACGUGCCAUUGAAUUGCGACGUGUUUUGUCUCGGGUGCCGGAAGAAAUGGCUGAUCGUCAUCAGUUUCUUGAAACGAUAAAACUAAUUGCUUCAUCUAUCAAAAAGCUGUUAGAAGCUAUCAAUGCUGUCCAUCAAAUAGUUCCUCAGUCAGCGCAGCAAGCAGUGGAAAAACGAAAACGGGAAUUUGUGCAUUAUUCCAAGAGGUUCAGCAACACCCUCAAGACAUAUUUCAAGGAUCAAAACGCAGUUCAGGUCUCAGUUUCUGCUAAUCAAUUGGUGUUCCAAACUUCUUUGAUCAUCAAAACAGUGAACGAGAAGUUGAGAAGAUAA